AACUUACAGGUGACGCGCAUGCGCUGUGUCAGACAGUCCCCGUGGAUGGAGGCAGCUCGAGGACGGAGUGAAGAUCUAGAAUUGUAUUUAUUUGCAACCCAAAUCUCUGAUAAUAAUAACCCUUAGGGAUCAUGGUGAGCUGAGUGUCCGCCGUCCAUAUAAGUGGGAUCACAACAGGGCCAGGUCUACGCUGCAGGGAUCACAUUCACCGCUUGACACUGAAUUUAUAAUGGAAAGAUGCUGGAGGGUUGGUGUGCUGCAUUCAGUAUUUACAGGCAGCCCUGCAGGCUCCUUCACCCACAUGUAAAUAAUACGAAGUGUGCUGCAGGAGAGGCAUGCAGGGCCACAUGCGGCUCUUCUCCUGUGCCAUGCGAUCGUUCCUGCGAUGUUUCAGGCUGGGCAGGAGGUGGGGGCGCAGUAAGCUGCUGAAGAGAGCCAGGGAGCUGUGGAGCUACGGGAAGCUGUGUGCGAAAUCACUGUUCUACAACUCCCUCACAAACAGUGAUGUCGUCAUCGACUCGCUGUUUGAACCCAUCUACUGGCUGGUGGACCACGUCACUCGCUGGUUUGGGGUGGUGUUUGUGUUCUUGGUGAUUGUGCUGACCAGCUCCAUCGUGCUCAUUGUGUAUAUCUGCUUGCUGCCACUUAUCCUGGACACCUACAGCCCAGCCUGGAUCACCUGGCAUGUCUGCUAUGGGCACUGGAACCUGCUCAUGAUUGUCUUUCAUUAUUACAAGGCAGCCAGGACCUCACCGGGCUGCCCUCCCCAGAUGAAAACUGACACUCCUUCAGUGUCCAUCUGUAAAAAGUGUAUAGCACCCAAACCACCCAGGACACACCACUGUAGCAUCUGUAACCGAUGUAUACUGAAAAUGGACCACCACUGCCCCUGGCUCAAUAACUGUGUGGGCCACUUUAACCAUCGCUACUUCUUCUCUUUCUGCCUCUUCAUGACCAUGGGCUGUCUGUACUGCAGCAUCAGCAGCCGCGACAUGUUCAUUGAUGCUUACAAUGCUGUAGAGCAGAUGAAGAGUGCUGACCGCUUGAGGCUCAGGGUGACAGUGUCUGAGACAUACUACCAGACUCCACCCCCUCCCUUCACCUUCAAGGAGAGGAUGUUUCACAAGUGUGUCAUAUACCUUUGGGUGCUUUGCAGCUCGGUGGCACUAGCUCUGGGAAGUCUGACUCUGUGGCAUGCAAUGCUCAUCUCCCGCGGAGAGACCAGCAUUGAGAGACACAUCAACCGCAAGGAAAAGCACCGGCUUGAGAAGAAGGGCAAGCAGGUUUUCCGGAACAUUUUCCACUAUGGUCGCAUGAAUAACUGGAAGGUGUUCUUUGGAGUGGAGACAAGAAGUCACUGGCUGACUCGAGUUCUCCUGCCAUCGGCACACCCUCCGUAUGGAGAUGGCCUGACCUGGACUCUUUCUCCAACCACCACCAGGAGAACCUUGCUGGCAAUCUAACCCUGUCUCCUAAUUUUAUCAGGAAGUACUAGCCAUCUAACCAUUCCUCCUGGUCCCAUCACUGAGGACUGGAAUGCUUACCUGGAGAGUACACUCUAGACAAGACCGCUUGUAACCCACCCAGCUGUCUUCUCUGCCAAAUACAGGUCACAGAGACUGCUGUUUGAUUUUAGUGUUUGAGUGGAAAUCCCAGUGUUCUUAUUUUCUUAUUAUGCAAACCCCUCUUAAUGUAUUGUUUUGUUGUAUCCCAUCCAUUUCUUCCAUUAUUUAAGUGUUUUAUCUUGUCCCCUUGUCUGUACGGGGCUUGUUUUUAUUGAAGUACUGUGAAGUGACCGGUUAGGCUGGAGUGGGUUUAAAGGCCACCUUGACAAGAGCUUGGAGUGAGGUGCAUCGAACAAGGGAAGGCUGAUUAAACCAGGCCCUCGUCCAGCUACAGGAGACGUAAACAGCAGCGAACAAGUUGCAACUGGACCCUACUCACUGUGUUGCUAUUGCACCUUGGGGCCCAAACGAAGCAAUAAAUGUGUGCAUUCCAGGCUGCUACAGCUUCGACCUCACCAGGCCUGAAUGACAUUAAUUGGAGAUGCACAUUUUCUGUGCAUGUUUGUUAAUAAGUUACUGUGACUUUGAUAAUUAAAAAAAUAACCUGAUUUUUUUUUUUUUUUUUAAAUAAAUUAAAUCUUCAAGGUGGUUUG